AUGUCGCAAGUCCUGACGACCACGAAGGUCCCAUCCCCGCUGCUAGACCAGACCCAGUCGCCUCUCCGCUUCGGAAUACUGGGUGCUGCCCGCAUCGGCCCUGAUGCCUUGUUCACGCCCGCCAAAACGCAUCCCGAGGUCGCGGUCGUGGCCGUCGCGUGCAGAGACGAAGCGAGAGGCUCGAAGUAUGCCCGGCAACAUCACAUAUCCAAGGUCCACUCUGGACCGCAAGCGUACCAUGACCUCGUCGCAGACCCCGACAUCGACGUGGUGUACAUCCCCCUGCCGGUCAGCAUGCACUUCGAAUGGUCAAUGCGCGCGCUGCACGCCGACAAGCACGUCCUCGUCGAGAAGCCGAUGACAAGCAAUGCCGACGAAGCCCGUCAGAUCUUCGCUCUCGCGGAACAAUUCCACCCGGUCCUCCAGCGCGUGCGCGAGAUCGUGCGGAGCGGCGAGCUCGGGCGCGUCAAGAGCGUGCGCGCCGCGUUCGCAUGGCCGAGCGUCGUUGCACAUUUCCUCUUCCCCAGGGACGACAUCCACUUCAACUACGAGAUGGGCGGGGGCUGCAUGAUGGACAUGGGAGUCUACCCUCUGACCGCGGUCCGGUACGUCACCGGGGCAGACACGGCGGCGCUCGAGGUCACAUCCGCGACUGCGGUCGGGCACGUGAGCGACCCCGCGCGCAUCGACCGCGCGAUGCACGCUACGUAUGCGCUGCCCGACUCGGUCACCGCGGAGACGUUCGCGGACCUGUCUGCGCCCGGAUGGGGGCCAUUCGGGCUCAUCCCGCGUUGGCCGCAGAUUGGGCUCUCGGUCGCGUUGGAGGGCGGGGACGUCGAGGUGUUCAACCCGCUCGAUCCGGGCGUGUACCACCACAUCAGGGUGAAGCCGAAGCGCGGACAGAGCAGGACGGAAAAGCACUAUCGCUAUGCGGACGGACGGGGCGAGAAGAACUGGCAUUCGUAUACCUUCCAGCUCCAUGCCUUUGUGGACAAGGUACGAGGGAGGACGCCGUGGGCGUGGACGGAACCAACGACGACCAUUACUGCGAUAGAGACCAUGGAGCAAAUUUAUGCGAAGGCUGGCCUCCCUCCUCGCGUUGCUUCUACAUACAAGCCCGAGGCGUCCCAGGAGCAGUAGUCUGCUGUAUACGCUCGUCUAAUGAAAACCGGAUUGCAGGGCUAAAUGUCGACUCCAUACUGCUUAUAAGGCAUGAAAGGAGGAAGAAGUACGGACACCGAGACUGCUGCCAGUAGAUCUGAAGUAGUAGGUGCUAAAGCGAAGUAUGAAGAUGUGUACACUAGCUAUAGCUAUAGUAUAACUCG